AUGGCCUAUGCGACUGACGCUGCACGGUGGCGAGCCCUUUCGACACGAGACGCAGACGCGAAUGGGCACUUCAUUUACUCCGUCAAAUCCACCCGAAUAUACUGUCGACCAACAUGUCCGGGCCGACUAGCGCGUAGAGCAAAUGUCGGAUUCUAUGCGACACCGUUAGAAGCAGAGGCAGCUGGGUUCAGGGCCUGCAAGAGAUGCAAGCCCAACACCGUACUCGAAGAUCCACAGGAGCGAGCGGUGGAGAAAGCAUGUAUAUUGAUUGAAGAGGCCUUGAAGAACGAGGACGCCAGCGCAUUGAGACUGCAAGAUCUAGCCAAGAAGGUCAACCUCACGCCGCGGUACUUCCACAAGAUCUUCAAGGACAAGACGGGGUUGACGCCGAAGGAAUACGCAAAGAGAAAGGCGAACGAGCGCAACAGCCCCAGCACGCAAUCGACAUUGGCGACAGCAGCACAUGGAAGUAAUCAAUCCUGGGAUUGGGAUACGUUCGAUUUCAAUGAUCUAGUCGACUUGGGUACGGACUCAAGUGCCCUCAACACGGAUGAUCUCGCCGUGCUCGAAGGGCAACCCUCUAUGAUCAAUCCCGAUCUCGACUUUGACAUGACAAACUUUAUCCAGUCUUGGAGCGACAGCUAUGCGUUCGGCCAAUCGGUCUCGUGGCCUGCCGGUUGCGACAACCUUGCCGACCCCUUCCUAGGGUUGCCAGACACUAUGGGCUUGUACGAGAAGGCGAGGCCGUCCGUCUCCACACUCGAGUUGGAUGCCGCGGCCUUAUUCGACAGCGAUAGCGCAAGCAGUACUCUGCAGACGUAG